CUCUUCAUUUCCCGCUCCAACAUGUUGGCAGGAGGAGAAAGAGGAGGAUGCUGCGCUCUACCCUUGGUGCGUUCUUGCCACCUCUCCAGCCGGCGCACGCUGCCUCUGACUCAGACUCAGCCUCAUCUUUCAGUUGUCUCCGCCUGAAGGACUUAAGACAGGAGGUGGAGGAGGUACCGAAGGAUACGCUGGAGAUCAGGAGCUCUCACACCAGGGUCCCCAACAUGAACAACAACAGCAGGAGAGCAGAACAGAGCAACUGCUCCUCAUCUGUGGUGGAAACGACGAAUACCUCAGCAGUGACCACCUCUUCUGCCCCCUCUAGUUUCCUUCCCUCCUCUUCCUCCUUCUCAGCUCCAAGAUCCAUGUGGCAAGAGGCAAUAAGGAGGAAGCAGUAUCUCCUGGACCGGGCAGGGGAGUCCGGUGAAGGGGACAAGGGCGGAAGAAGAGGUCAGCAGAGGAGGAACAGGUCCCCGGAUUGGCUGUAUGAGUCCUACUACUGUAUGAGCCAGCAGCAUCCUCUGAUUGUGUUUCUGCUGCUCAUAGUGAUGGGAGCCUGCCUGGCUCUGCUGACUGUGUUCUUUGCUUCAGGACUGAACAUUGAGGACCACGUGGCCUUUGUAAUCACUGUGCCCACGGCGCUGGCCAUCUUUCUUGCCGUUUUUGUACUUGUCUGCAUUGAGUCCAUCUUUAAGAAGCUUCUGCGUGUUUUCUCCCUGGUCAUCUGGGCCUGCUUGGUUGCCAUGGGUUACCUUUUCAUGUUUUCUGGUGGGAUCAUCUGUCCGUGGGACCAGGUGUCAUUCUUCCUGUUCAUUGUGUUUGUGGUUUACACCAUGCUGCCGUUCUCUAUGCGGGACGCCAUCAUCGCCAGCGUCCUGACCUCCGUCUCUCACACCAUUGUGUUGGGUGUCUGCCUGUCUACCACAGCUGAUCGCAUGGAACCAGUAGUGUGGCAGACUUUAGCCAACAUAAUCAUUUUCAUGUGUGGCAACAUGGCGGGGGCGUACCAUAAACAUCUGAUGGAGUUGGCACUCAAACAGACAUACCAAGACACCUGCAACUGCAUCAAGUCCCCAAUUAAACUGGAGUUUGAGAAGAGACAACAGGAGCGUCUCUUGUUGUCUCUGCUGCCAGCCCAUAUUGCUCGUGUUAUGAAAGCUGAAAUCAUCCAGAGACUGAAGGGCCCAAACUUUGGCCAGAUUGAAAACACAAACAAUUUUCACAACCUCUAUGUCCAGAGACACACCAAUGUCAGUAUACUGUAUGCUGAUAUAGUAGGAUUUACACGGCUGGCCAGUGACUGCUCACCUGGAGAGCUGGUGCACAUGCUAAAUGAGCUGUUCGGAAAAUUCGAUCAAAUUGCCAAGGAAAAUGAAUGUAUGCGGAUCAAAAUCCUUGGUGACUGUUACUACUGUGUGUCUGGCCUGCCAGAGUCCCUGCCAAACCAUGCCAAGAACUGUGUGAAAAUGGGUCUGGACAUGUGUGAGGCUAUCAAGAAGGUGCGAGAUGCCACUGGGGUUGACAUCAACAUGAGGGUCGGUGUGCAUUCUGGGAAUGUCCUGUGUGGUGUGAUUGGACUUCAGAAAUGGCAAUAUGAUGUGUGGUCGCAUGAUGUCACGCUGGCCAAUCAUAUGGAAGCAGGAGGUGUACCGGGGCGAGUCCACAUCACCUCAGUGACACUGGAGCAUCUGAAUGGUGCCUAUAAGGUGGAAGAUGGGGAUGGGCAAGAAAGAGACCUCUACCUGAAGGAACAUGGAGUCAUCACUUUUCUGGUCAUCAACCCAAAGGUGGAGCGUCGGAGCCCACAACAUCACUAUCGUCCCAGACACACUCUAGAUGGAGCAAAGAUGAGAGCCUCUGUCAGGAUGACCCGAUACCUGGAGUCCUGGGGAGCAGCCAAGCCCUUUGCCAACUUGCACCACAGAGACAGCAUGACUAAUGAGAACGGCAAGAUCAACACUGCUGAUGUGCCGAUGGGGCAGUAUCACUUCCAGAGGAGAUCAGAAAGAACAAAGUCUCAGAAGAAACGGUUUGAGGAGGAACUCAACGAGAGGAUGAUCAGGACCUUUGAUGGGAUAAAUUCGCAAAAACAGUGGCUCAAGUCUGAAGACAUCCAAAGAAUAUCGUUAUUCUUUCACAACAAAUCCUUAGAGAAGGAGUACAGAGCAACAACCUUGCCAGCCUUUAAAUACUAUGUCACCUGCGCCUGUUUGAUCUUCUUCUGCAUUUUCAUUGUGCAGAUUCUGGUCCUUCCAAAGACAACUGUCUUGGGGAUAUCCUUUGGAAUGGCUUUUCUUAUCCUUUCCUUGAUCCUCUUCAUAUGUUUUAUUGGACACUUCCUGCACUGCAGUAAAAGCGCCUCCACUUCUUGGAUGUGGCUGCUGAGGUCAUCAGUCAUUAUUGCCAAUAAGCCAUGGCCCCGCAUCACUCUCACCAUGGCAACCACAACUCUAAUACUCAUAAUGGCAGUCUUCAACAUGUUCUUUUUGGAAGACAACGAGUUGCCCCCUGUUCCUUUUUACAAUUCAUCCAAUGAAACACAGUUUUACUCCAAUGGACAACUAAUCACCUUCACUGGCAAAAACAAUUUCUACCUUCCAUAUUUAAUUUACAGUUGUAUACUGGGCCUAAUCUCUUGCUCUGUGUUCCUGAGGAUAAACUACGAGCUGAAGAUGAUUAUCAUGUUGACAGCUGUGGUGGUUUACAACGUCAUUAUCCUACAAACACAUGCCUCUCUGCUGGAUGAAUACAGCAGAUUUCUUUACAAGACCGAAAGCCUGGACAGACCAGGAGUCCUCAAAGACCUGAAGACUAUGGGCUCUAUCUCCCUCUUUAUCUUCUUCGUCACUCUGCUUGUGCUUGCCAGACAGAAUGAAUAUUACUGUAGGUUAGACUUUCUGUGGAAGAACAAAUUCAAGAAGGAGUGUGAGGAGAUUGAAACCAUGGAGAACCUCAACCGUGUUUUGUUGGAAAAUGUCCUGCCGGCACACGUUGCAGAACAUUUCCUGGCACGCAACUGGAAGAAUGAGGAUCUCUACCACCAGUCCUAUGACCUGGUGUGUGUCAUGUUCGCCUCCAUCCCAGACUUUAAAGAGUUCUACACUGAAUCUGACGUCAACAAAGAAGGAUUAGAGUGCCUCAGGCUCCUCAACGAAAUCAUUGCUGAUUUUGAUGAGCUACUGUCCAAACCUAAAUUCAGUGGUGUGGAAAAGAUCAAGACUAUUGGUAGUACUUAUAUGGCUGCUACUGGGCUGAAUGCAUCACCUGGGCCGGAGUACACAUCACAGGAGCAUGACAGGCAGUACAUGCACAUAGGGACCAUGGUGGAGUUUGCAUUUGCCUUGGUGGGGAAACUGGAUGUUAUCAACAAACACUCCUUCAAUGACUUCAAACUGAGAGUUGGUAUUAACCAUGGUCCAGUGAUAGCUGGAGUCAUUGGAGCCCAGAAGCCACAGUAUGACAUCUGGGGGAACACAGUGAAUGUAGCCAGCAGAAUGGACAGUACUGGAGUCCUGGGAAAAAUACAGGUGACGGAGGAGACAAGUCGCAUUCUCCUUACUCUGGGCUACAUGUGCUCUUGUAGAGGCAUCAUCAAUGUCAAGGGCAAAGGAGAGCUCCAGACCUACUUUGUGCACACAGAGAUGACCCGCUCACUGUCCCAAGGGAAUGUAAUGCCGUAAGACUGGUUCAGAAUAUGCUGAAUUUACACAAAGAACAGGAGUUCAUUACAGGUGGAGGUUAUACCCUCUUAAUGCUGUUGUAACACAAAGUGUGAAUUGCAAAUUAAUCAGGUCUUCGCUGCAAGGAGGAUAGAAAUCUGAUUUUAAUAUUGCAUUCCAAGGUCCCUAUGCCACAGCUAUAGUAUACAAUUAGUCACUUAUGUAACUGUAAGUGUAGCAUGUACAGCUAGUAGGCAACAAGCCCUGAAAUAUAUUGGAAUUUGAAUGUUGGAUUCAGGAAACCCACAGUGGCAUACGUCAGUCAGAUCUUAUUUCUAAUACAAAAUCAGAGAGAAGAAUCUGAUAUAGUUUAAAUUAGUAUUCUGACUCAGUUCUGGGAGGCUUGUGGCUGUCACUUUGCCAUAAAAGCAUUUACUUCAGACAGGUACAUCAAAAAUAUUUCUUAUUCUGUUCACUUUAUAGGGCACAGGGCACAGUGCAUUUUGGAUUUUAGAUAAUGUACAGUAAAAAGUGUAGAGUCAAGGAACAUGUCUCAGAGGAAACAAUACAGAAAAGGCAUGCUGCUGUGAUGAAUAUGAGGAAGUCUGCGUGCCCUGAAUUUAACCAAAUUUUGAAAAGGUGAUACAAAAGGUCACAGAUGGAAGAUCUGAUCAUUCAAAUUAAACAAAGGACAAAUGUUACAAGAGAAAACUGCAUGACCACUGUUGCUAAGGCAGAGCUAAAAACAGCCAGCCAACAAGGAGACACACAUACGUGUAUAUAACUCCAUCAACCUUGUUAGAAGCACUAAGUCUUGGAUGUAUUUUACA